UGAGGUUAGCUAGUGGGUGGGGCCUACAUGGGUUCGUAGCUUCCGCUACGCCAGGUUCUUGGUUCGAGACCCACACGACUGCUGAUGGGCCAGACAAUAUAAAUGUACAAAGCAAUUGAUUUAAAGCUCCAAGCGAUUUGGAUACAUCUCGGCGCCAAAUCGGGGUGUGAGAAACAAUAGUGUGCACAACUGGGGCGGAGUUCCACGCGUCGCCCGGAACUUUUUUUGUUUGUUACUUUGACAGCAGUCGGUGCACGCGUGUGUAGAUGUGUGACAGCGGAGUGUGUGAGGACAAACCCCCCGCCCCCCCUGUCAGGAUGAGCAGCCAAGCAGGAGCCAAGGAGCCUCAGUCAGCCAAUCACAACUCAAAGCCUCUACCCUCUGUGCCGGAGGAGAGGAAGUCGAGGAACAAGAUCAUCUCCAUGUUUGCCUCCGAAAAGGGCGGGAGGAAGAAGGAUCGUGACAAGGACAGGCCCGAGAUCUCCUCCCCCUCUGACUUUGAACACACCAUCCACGUUGGCUUUGAUGCAGUCACAGGGGAGUUCACAGGUAUGCCAGAGCAGUGGGCCCGUCUACUGCAGACCUCCAACAUCAGUAAGUUGGAGCAGAAGCAGAACCCCCAGGCGGUGCUGGACAUCCUCAAGUUCUACGACUCGUCCAGCGGGAAGCAGAAAUACCUCAGCUUCUCUGCCUCAGAUAAAGACCCACAGUCGCCAGGCAAGCAGGCGGGCAAAACCUCGCCGGCAGGUGGCGGCAAGGGCGGCGACGAUGACGAUGAUGAAGCCCCGCCCCCGAUCGUGGCCCCCAGACCGGAGCACACUAAAUCAGUGUACACCCGGUCGGUGAUCGACCCGCUCCCGGCACCGGAGGGGGAGAAGAACGCAGACAAGCUGAGGAAGAAGGGAGGAAAGAUGACGGACGAAGAGAUCAUGGAGAAGCUCCGUACUAUUGUCAGCAUCGGAGAUCCAAAGAAAAAGUACAUGCGCUACGAAAAGAUCGGCCAGGGGGCCUCUGGAACCGUUUACACGGCCAUAGAUGUUGCUACAGGCCAAGAGGUGGCCAUCAAACAGAUCAACCUGCAGAAGCAGCCGAAGAAGGAGCUGAUCAUCAACGAGAUCUUGGUCAUGAAAGAGAUGAAGAACCCCAAUAUCGUCAAUUUCCUCGACAGUUUUCUUGUCGGAGAUGAGCUGUUUGUCGUCAUGGAGUACCUGGCCGGUGGCUCUUUAACAGACGUUGUCACAGAGACCUGCAUGGAUGAGGCCCAGAUUGCUGCCGUGUGCCGAGAGUGUCUCCAAGCGCUUGAGUUCCUCCACGCCAACCAGGUGAUCCACAGGGACAUCAAGAGUGACAACGUACUGCUGGGCAUGGACGGCUCCGUCAAGCUGACUGACUUUGGCUUCUGCGCCCAGAUCACCCCCGAGCAGAGCAAGCGUAGCACCAUGGUGGGCACGCCGUACUGGAUGGCCCCGGAGGUGGUGACCCGCAAGGCCUACGGGCCCAAGGUGGACAUCUGGUCCCUGGGCAUCAUGGCCAUCGAGAUGGUGGAGGGGGAGCCGCCUUACCUCAACGAGAACCCUCUGAGGGCUCUGUAUUUGAUCGCUACCAACGGCACGCCUGAGCUCCAGAGCCCAGAGAAGUUGUCCCCGGUGUUCAGGUCCUUCCUGUCUCGCUGCCUGGAGAUGGACGUGGAGAAGCGAGGCGGGGGCAAAGAACUGCUGCAGCAUCCUUUCCUGGAGAUGGCCAAACCUCUGUCCACGCUCACACCACUCAUCCUGGCAGCUAAGGAAGCCAUGAAGAACAACCGCUAACCACUGGCCUACGUCGGCUACCGGGCUAACCCAAUGACUGCUAUGCCAACUUGCAUCUUUGGACCGCUGUAUCUCUCGCAACCUGCUAUCCGUAUAGCGGGCAGCUAAUGAUGUUCUGUGAUUUCUUACAAUUUUACUGACUAUUCUGUAUAUUUUACAACCCUCCCCCAGCCCCCCAUGCCAGUCACCAAUAGCUAACACCUUGACCAUGGUUUAGUGGCGUUAGCCAAGUGCCUAUUGAACCUUUUGGGUUAAGAAUAUUUUCAGCGCUAGGUGCCUUUCCGUUAGAGUAUUAUUACCAGUGGCCAUGCACAUACGUCAGACCCUUCCUGUGUCAGUGGGUGAACUUCUAAUGCUUGGAAGGGAACCGCCCUGUUUAUUUUUUAAAUAAUAUAAGAGAGUACUGCUUCCUAAAUGUGUUGUUGUGAAACAAUCGCUGUUUGCAACAUCAAGUGUUUCCACAGAAGAGGUUUUCCAUUUACGUCAUUAGUCCAGGAUUUGCGUUCGCCGUUGGCCCAAGUGGAGAAAUUACCUCAAUGGUCCCAACAUUUACCAACACUCGUGUGAAGCAGUACUCUCUUGUAUUAGAAAACAGCCAAGCUGGACUGUUCCUUUUGCUCAACGUAAAAACAUGAGUUUGAUGUGUGGUUUCAUGUGCCAUCACUUCCAAGGUUAUCAUAAUCACCACUUCGCCGGAGUUUAGCUCAACCAGUAUUUUCACGAUUGUCCUGAGUCUGACCGACCUAGCACCGACAAUCAGUUAUUCCUGCAUUCAAACACUCAAGGCGUAGAAACCAAAACAAUUUCAUUUUGUGGUCCAACUGAAAGACUGGGGAACUCAGUCCUCGUCAACGUUAUCAAAUGAAAGAUGUUCAACCGCCUGUUUUGUUAUCGAGAAAUUAUGCACCCUCUUUACCUUUUUUCGUUUCAUGCCUUAAAUUUCAUUAUUUUCACAAUGAAACCAGUUUUUGAAAGCAUUACUGGAGGAAGAUUUGUUUUGUAUAUUUUGUAAUGUUUUCUGCCAUUUCUAACGUUUUAGAUAACUUUUCUUUCUAAAGUAAUUGUCACCAUCAGUUGAGCUGCCUCUGCAACGCAUGGUUCAAAGAACAGAAACAUGCUGGUCUUAACAACACUUUUCACAACAAGAGGACCAAAUGCAAACACUCAAAGCAUGCUAAUGCUAUGUGGUGGAUUGACAAUCAGAUUUGUAUUAAAUCUGCACAAACUGCAGGAUUGCAAAUAUACUCUUCCAAGAGUAUAUGCUACUCUUCUUUAGUUAUAAGGAUCAUUAAUGACAUGUAUUCAUAUAAUGGACCAUCAAGUGACACUUUGCUGUCCAGUCAGAGAGCACACAUUCCAUUUAGAAGUUCAAAACGUGAUUGAUAUGAUAGUAGCUUCAACGCUGUUGAAUCAAAAGCAUACUCCUCCUGAAUCUGUAAGUUAUUAUUAAAGAUGGACCGGAACAGUUCAUGGAAUCUCUCUCUAUCUCAAUGGCUGUGGUUUUGACACAAGAGAUUAGUGUUGAACUGGUUUGUGGACAUGCACACAUAGUGCCUUUACUGGACUCUCGGAAGACUCCUCUGAAAACCUCAGCCCUACACAGACUUUAAGUCACUCAAAAUGCUCAUCUGCUAAAUCUUGAAUUUAAAAAGCUACAGUUCACUGUGGACAGAAUAUAUCGCAUGUACCAUUUAUUUUAGGAAUGUCGGUUUGGUCUUUGUCACAAUGGCACAACCAUUGUGAAUGUUACUAAUCCAACUACUCUGUAUGCUAGGGUUCCUAUGUCUUGGGUGAGAUACCAAGUGACUUUUACAUGUUUCUAAGUUGGCAUCUGCAGGAACAUGGAAAACCCCCUGGAACUAACAUUUAAUGAAGUGAUAUUAAGUCAGUCUGACACACAUGGGUUGAUUUGGCAGCGGUGACUGUAUGGCUUACACUGGUUAAAUUGAUACAGUGAAGACAUUGUCCAUGCACAUCCAUACAACCAACAGUUUUGUCUUUCAAAGAUAAACAAUAGCUUUAACACUUCAUUCAGAAUGGUACUAAAUCUCGCUUCAUUAAGUAAUAGAUCUCAAAUAGAUUACCCAUUUUGAAUAAAGAGUAUUUGAGCCUGGCUUAAAUUACAAGAUAUACAAUCAAAUGAAAGUAUUUUUCAGAACAUAAUAUCUCAGACAUGUUAUAUUAAUGUAAACAAUCAAAAGCGGAAUUGCUCGCUUAGACCAAGAGAUAUAAAACAUGUCAAAGGAGAUGUUUUUUCUGCAGUAGGCCUACUUCAACGCUGCCCGCUCCUUGCAGCUAUGCAUUCAGGGGAAGCCUCGACUGGCCCAGUGGCCUACCACAGCAGUGCUGCGCUGCCCGUCUCUGGAGGAAGGACGCUACCUUACCACUGGACGAUUCAGACUCUGUUUACAUUACAGAGAGGGAAGGGUUGGAAUAGGUGAUAUUAAUGUGGAAUAGAAUAAUUUUGGAAAUGCAGAUAUCUAUGCAUGUAUUUAUACCACAUGUAAAGGUUCGAACAACUUCCCUUUUCUUAUUUUGUAUUUCACAAUUUGCCCACAAAAUAAGUUAUUGACAAGUCUAUACAAUGAACAUAGAACUGUCGGAUACACGGAUGCAAUCCCUCUGAAUGCGCAGCCAGCCAAUCGCAUUUCAACUCGGGAUUAGAUAUCAGAAAUCUCUGCCUAGAAUCUCAAAUCCGUUAUUUUGUUGGAUGGACGAAUAUUCUGCAGAUCAGAAAACUACGGGGAACAUGCCUUUUUUUGAAACUUUUGAGAACUACACCCCCGAAAUAUUGUCUGAAUUACAGUAGCGCCCCCUACAGCUAGUUUUCCAGAUAAUGCUUCAAAAACUCAAUGAAUGAACCAGAAUCACCUAGUCUCAGAAUUGACCUUGAGAGAAAAUCUUAAAUUAAACGCACUCAAACAAAUUCAGAACUUGGCAAAGGUAAUAAAAAAAGCAUUGCAAAACCAGUAACAAAAUAAAUGCUUUAUUACCG